UCGAGUCGAUGGUCGUUGUCAUGAGCUGGUUGCCUGUAGUAUUGCUGUUGUGUGCAGUACACAACAUCACUUGUAUUGAACAUGAAAAGGACGAUUUUUCCGACUUGUACAAAGGUUUGCUUUUUAAUGCUUUUCCUGAGUCCAUUUUGUCCUUUUCUAUCCACACCAAAGACAUUCAGCAACAAACCACUCAAGUUCCUGAUAAAAUGGACUGUGUCUUUGCCUGUGUUGGGGUUCCUUGGUGUCGAUCCAUGAACUUUCAAACCACAGCCCAUAAUAAUGGACUUCACGUAUGUGAGCUGUUAUCAACCGAUAAACAUACUCACCAGAAGAACAUGACACGAAACGACACAUUUAUUCAUUUCAGCAUCAAGAACCAAUGCAUAGAGUCUCCUUGUCUUAAUGGUGGCACCUGUAGCCUUCAAAUCAACAGGCAUGACUAUCACUGUCAAUGUAAGAAAGGAUAUCAUGGAUUACCGUUCGGAUGUUCUUCUCAUGCCAAUAUCACAGAUGCAACCAGAAAUGUCAAUAAUGCAAAUACUACAGCACCUAUCAAAUGCGACAAACGUAUAGCCUUGGGGUGGUAUCGCUUUAGUGGCGCAGCCGGUGUUCGUAUGCCAACCAAUUGCGUUCCAACUUCUCGAUGCAGUACACACGCUUCUGGCUGGCUAAGUGACCCACACCCAACCAUAGAACAAGGAACGACUACAAUGAAGGUCUGUUUCCAUUGGUCCAAAAAUUGCUGUAACUGGUCAAGAUCAAUCAACGUAACCAAUUGUGGAGAAUUUUUCAUUUAUCAAUUUGUCCCGACCCUAACCUGCUCGUUGCGCUAUUGCAGUGAACACUAAACAACUAUAAUAUAACUGGAUAGCAUUAUUUUAGAAUCCAAUAUACCUAAUCAUUUGUGCACUAUUCAAAAGUCAAGCAUAUGACGGGUAAAAAUCAAUCACGCUAUUCUGCUGCACUUUGCGACAUGCACUAAGGCAGUGCGUUAUUUUGCACAGCCGUACCAGGCCAGUAGCAGGAUAGCUCCUCAAAGUUUUUGAACCAAUAUCCCAAAUACUUUUGACCUAUUGCCACUAAUAUUUUAGACCUAGAGCCCCAACCAAUAUUCAUGACCUAGUGCCUCAUAUUUUUGACCUAUAUUGCUCCCAAUAUUUUUAACCUAGUGCCCCAUAUAUUUUUGACCUAGUGACCCAUAUAUUUUUUAACCUAGUGACCCAUAUACUUUUGACCUAGUGACCAAUAUAUUUUUGACCUAGUGGCCCCAAUGUUUUUGGCCUAGUGCCCAUAUACUUUUGACCUAGUGACCCAUGUUUUUGACCUCAGGACCCCAAUGUUUUUAGCCUAGUGUCUUCCAAUAUUUUAAGCCGUGCCCCUCAAUACUGUUGACCUAUUGACCCUGCCAAUAUUUUGGACUUAGCUACAGGCCUGUGUACAAAUAUGGCAUUGCCGUUUAUAUAUAUUUCAACUUUAGUCCUGUUAGAUUUGUGACACCCUAAGAUGCACCAAAUUGUAGAUCGUGAACCCUAAAAGAUACGACGAUCAUC